AUGCCCUUCCCUCCAGACCCGCUUGUACUACACGGCGGUUGCAACUGCACGGCUGUGCGUUGGCGCAUGUCACUCCCUAACGCCAGCCAGAGGGCGGCCAAUCCUUAUCACACACCGGGAACGGAUAUAGGGGAUGUCCGCCUCCCGACGGCGGUUGUCUGUCACUGCGACGGCUGCCGGCAGGCUACGGGCUCCCUCGGCGCUUAUGGGUUCACCUCGGACAUGGCACUGCUCGAACUGUCUAUCCUUCUAAGGGCUUCAAUGCCUGAUUGGGAGAAGAGCAAAGAUGACGAGACGCGACCACCAUUUGUCCCCGCCGCCAGCCUGAUGGAUGAACCCACCGUGGCCGGCCUCGAUAACCUAUGGUUGAUGCACUAUGAGUCCUCGCCGAAACGAGACAGGUGGUUCUGUGGACGGUGCGGCACCCAGAUCGCCAUUGCUGCCUCCAAGGAUGCCAUCCCCGCCGAGUGGGGAUGGCCUCGGGUGGUGAAUAUUUGGGCGGGCACAACGGAUCGCAACCUGCUCGAGAAUGACUGGUGCCGGCCGGGUCAUAUCAUGGAUUGCUCGAUCGCUAUCCCUUGGGUCAGGGACUAUGUCAAGAACGGUGCGAAGGAUGCUCAGGAGCACCCUUUCAUCAUGAUUGAUUGGCACAUGACGGAUGAUUUCCAGCCUCACAUCGAGAUGCUGAACCAGAUGGGGAUGAACUUAAACGUUACAAUGUGGAACUGAACGCUAGAUUGAAUAGAGGUUAAGAGUUUGAUUUGAGAGUAGUUGCACAAAUUAACCAAAAAAAAAAAUUGAUGAAAAGUCA